AUGGGGUUCUUCAUCGUUCUCAUCUCGUUCGUCGUCGGCAUCGGCGGCUUUGUGUUUGGCGUCGACUCUGGCAUCAUGGGUACCACACUCGGCCAUGACACGUUCAAGUUGUACAUGCUGGGGCCUACCAUGAAGAACGCCUCCUUGACCGGCGCCAUCGUCUCCGUCUACAAUGCGGGCCAGGCGGUCGGCACCUUCUUCACCGGGUACUUGGCCGACAAGAUCGGCAGGAAGUGGACGAUCUGCGGAGCGGCCAUUAUAGCCACACUGGGUGCUUCCUUGCAAGCCGGCGCGCGGAACGUGGGCAUGAUGAUCGCUGGCCGUCUCUUCGCCGGCCUGGGCUGCGGCAUGAUGUUGACCGUGGUUCCCGUCUACAUCGCCGAGGUCUCCCCCCCAAAGAAUCGUGGUGUUAUCGUCGGUAUACAAGGCCUGAUGAUCUCUCUGGGGUUCUGCAUCGCCAACUGGAUCGGCUAUGGUGGUGCGUUUGCAUCGGGCAAUGCACAAUGGCGCAUCCCGCUGGCCAUGCAGAUUCCCGGGGCGGUGGCUCUUGCCAUCGGAUGCAUCUUCAUCCCUUACAGUCCUCGUUGGUUGGUUCAACAAGAGCGAUACGAGGAUGCUAAAGCUGUACUCAUCAAGUUGCACGGCGACCAAGGAGAUGACUAUCUCGCCCAAGAGUUUAUCCAAAUUCGCGACCAGAUCCUUCUGGAACAGUCCGCGAAGGGCACCAAUUUUAUGCAAGCCAUCGGCCAACUAUUCUCGCGACAAUACAUCCGCCGCACCGGAACCGCCUGCUUCAUCCUCGCGAUGGGUCAGCUCAGCGGCUCGACGGUCAUUCAGAACUACCAAAACAUCUUCUACGCCACGGUUGGAUUCCACGGGAAGACCGCUCUGCUGAUCAGUGGCAUCUACGGGUUCAUGGGCCUCAUUGGGCAGAUCAUCUACAUGCUGUUUGUGGCCGAUCGAUGGCCUCGCACUCGCACUCUGUGGACGGGGUCCGUCUUCCUGUGCGUGAUGAUCUCCAUCUGCAUGGCCCUGUCCGCAGAAUACCCGGCCGGCACCACCAACAAAGCUGGCCCUCGAGCCGCCAUCGCCGCCAUUUUCAUCUACUCGGCCGGCUAUGCCGUCUUUUUCAACGCCAUGGUGUGGGUGGUGCCCUCCGAGUUGUUCCCCUUCUUCCUCCGAUCCAAGGGCCUGGGUCUCGGCGUCUUCACGAAAGCCGUGGUUGCGAUCGUGUUGGCACAGGUCACUCCGGUCGCGCUUGAGAAUGUCGGCUGGAGGUACUAUGCGCUCUUCAUUGCCACCAACUUUGCCGCCGCCUUCAUCUACUUCUUCUUCCUUCCGGAAACGAAGGGCAAGUCACUCGAGGAGAUUGCCGAACUGUUCGGCGACACCCUGGCUACCGAGCAGCUGGGACACAUCAACGUAGCAGCCAAGGAGCCCGCCAUCCACGAACAGAUUGAGAACGUGGAGAAGAAGGUGUGA